AGACAAGGAACAAAGGCCACUGUCUCUGAAGUACCUCGCAGCCUAGAUGCGGCAGUUGCACUGAGUUCCGUUCUGUGCACCCAUGUUUCUCGCCACUCCUGAAACAAAGUGACUCUUUAAAGAGGCAAAAGACCAAGGAUCUGUCGACAGCACCAUGCAGCAUCAGUACCAUAUGACCCAGGGCCUGGUACUCCUUGUGGUCCAUUUCACUGCCCUCAGCCUGGGCCAAAAGCCAGAAGCUUGCAACCUGCCGAUGGAUGAAGGUCAGACAGGAAAUAAUCCUUCUGUGAGAUUUUAUUACGACAAACCUACAGACCGCUGUAAGAUUUUUGCAUAUAGAGGGGCAGGAGGAAAUGCGAACCGCUUCGCCGCUGACAAGGCCUGCAUGAAGAACUGCUCAGAUCGUGCAGAUGAGACCUAUCCAGAGGGCGACAGGGCUUGCCUGCUGCCGAAGGACCCGGGGGAAUGCAAAGGGCGGUACCUGCUGUUUUACUUUGACCUUGCAAAGAAGAAGUGCAAGACCUUCCUGUACGGGGGGUGUGGAGGAAAUGGGAACCGGUUCUUAUUUUCCAAAAUAUGUGCCAAAGUCUGUGCGACCAAAAUGGAAGGACCACCUGGUGAGGCUGACGAUGAAUCAGAGGUGAACGAAGCGUUGGUUGUGGGACUGGGAAUGGGAUGUGCUGUGGUGAUCACUCUCAUUGUUGCACUGGCUGUGUUCCUCAUCCAGAGGACAAAAAGGAACAGGAAGCCAGUAACAAAGUACAUUGAGGAUCCACUAACCAGAGGGAUUGAAAUGAAAUAAAAUGGAAGAAAUAAACCAAUAAAGCUCAAAGCUUUCUGAUAAAUAUUUAUGGAAUAUUUUGAUGUAAUUAGUAAGCUGUUCAUUACAUUUCUAACUGUUCUACUUUACUAAGCAUAUUUCAUGCCAAUAACCAUUACUGUCAAUGGUGCAAUUCUAUAAAAUGUGUCUUUCACAAUGGAUGCAUGGGGCUGUGAACUGCACUUACACCAAGUCUGCCCACAGGCUUCCUUGUUGCAGCUCCUAACACCCCUACCUCAGGGUCGGAAAGUGCAGAUCCAAUUCCCAUUCCUAAUCCGUGCAUGUAGCCUAGUCUGGUGCCAUUGUGCAGCACAGGGAGAGUUUUGUACUCCCAUAGGUUAAUCUGAGAUGCAAAUUAAAGAUCAAAUUCCUCUGUGCGGAAAACCAGGG